AUGACUGUUCCCAGAAUCUUGUGUGUGGCCGAGAAGCCUGCCAUUGCUAAGGCUGUAAGCCAACAUCUGUCCGGAGGUUCCUUUCAAACCAUAUCCAUACGUGGGAAUCAAUAUGUGAAAAAUUAUGUCUUCGAGUUUAAUUUCGGCAACCCUUGGGGAACCUGCGCGGUCACGAUGACUAGCGUUAUUGGGCAUUUGACAAGUCUAGAGUUCGGACGGCAGUAUAAGGGCUGGCUAUCAUGCCCGCCUGGGGAACUCUUUGAGGCUCCUGUGUAUGAAUCUGUGGACGUAGAAAAACAAGCCAUUGCGGAUAACAUUCAGGAGCAAGCUAAGUAUUGCAAAGCUUUGUUUAUUUGGACCGAUUGUGACCGAGAAGGGGAACAUAUCGGGACAGAAGUCCGUAAGCAAGCAAAGGAAGGAAAUUCCCGAAUUCUUGUUAAACGGGCCAGGUUCAGCAAUACCGAGAGAGCUCACGUACUCAAUGCAGCUCGAGCACUAAUUGACCUGGAUGAUCUCCAAGCAAAUGCAGUGGCUGCUAGAAUAGAGCUGGAUCUUCGAAUUGGUGCCGCGUUUACUCGCUUACAAACUCUCCAACUGAAACACCUGUCAGAAGCUCUGACCGUAAAGAUCAUCAGUUAUGGAUCUUGUCAGUUUCCUACUCUAGGAUUCGUCGUUGAUCGCUACCUGCGAGUCAAGAACUUCAAACCCGAAAAUUUCUGGGGCAUCAAGGUGAUGCAUGUACGAGAUAGGAUCAAAGUGAACUUCAUUUGGAAAAGGGUCCACCUAUUCGAUAGAGCUGCAGUGACGGUGAUGCUCGAGCGUUGUCUCAUGGCAAAGAAGGCCAAGGUCACGAAAGUCACUCAGAAGCCUACCAGCAAGUGGAGGCCCUUGCCGCUGACAACCGUGGACCUGCAAAUGAUGGGCAGCAGAUAUCUUCGCCUAGACAGUCAGAAGGUCAUGAAGGUCGCAGAGGCUCUCUACACAAAGGGUUUCAUAAGUUACCCUCGUACAGAAACAGAUCAGUUCGAUAAAGGGAUCGACCUAAAAAAGCUAAUUGAGAAACAAUUACCGGACGGAAACUGGGGUCAAUACGCUCGCGGUCUUCUCGAUGGAGGAUACAGAACACCUAGAGCGGGCCGUCAUAAUGACCGCGCGCAUCCGCCCAUUCACCCUGUCUGUUGGGUUUCACCAACCGCACUAAGCGCUGACGAGAAGAAAGUCUAUGAAUUUGUUGUCCGACGAUUCUUGGCGUGUUGCUCCGAGGAUGCAAAGGGUCAAACAUCAGAAGUCGAAAUCCAGUAUGGUGAUGAGAUGUUCCACGCCAAAGGGCUGAUUGUCCUAGAAAGGAAUUAUCUGGACGUGUAUGUAUAUGACAAAUGGGAAAGCAGUCAACAGUUGCCCAACUUCCAGAUGGGAGAGAUGUUUGAGCCUACCGAAGCCAGCAUCUUCGACGGAAAGACGACACCCCCGAAUUACCUGACCGAACCUGAACUUAUCGGACUCAUGGACGCCAACGGAAUCGGUACUGAUGCCACUAUGGCAGAACACAUUGCCAAGAUCAAGGAACGAGAAUACAUUGCUGUCCAUUCGCGUGGAAGUGGACGCAACGCAGUUAAGGAGCUCAUUCCCACUCGUUUGGGCAUCGCCCUGGUAGAAGGUUACGACAAUGUCGUCUCUGGCUUACCAGAUAGCCCCUCUCUUAGUAAGCCCUUCCUUCGGAAAGAGAUGGAACUUAGAAUGCGGGAGAUAUGUGCGGGAUCCAAAACGCGAACACAGGUUGUGCAGGAGAGUCUAGAUAUGUACCGGGAGGUCUUCAUACAAACCCAGAGGCGAAUCAAUAUGCUGAAAGAUGCGGUUCGGAAAUACCUCGUUGAGGAAGCAACGUCCUGAUCGAUAUCCGAUUUCCCUCUAGUGUGGAGUUGAGGUUUGUUUUUGGACUUGUGAAUUGUAUAUAUUAUACCCUAUACCCGAGGCUUGAGCUUGCAUUCUUUAGCAUCGUACGAUAUCUAGUGAUAGAAGAACUAAUCGAAAGCAUCCCUUAUCAAUUGGGUAUUUGUCUAUCUGCCUUGUCAUACCCCCAAGGGCUUGUACCAGGUCAGAUGACAAUCAUAGCGCUAGCACUGAUCAAAAACCGGCUUGACGUGCUGACUCC